AUGGAGGUCGAAAAUCGUGACAUCGGACAUUCCGAUUUCAUGAUGAAAAUCGAGGAAAAACCCUGUAUCUGGCAUUCUCUCGCCGUUCAUCCGCCGAUGAUGGAUCCCAAAGUAGUGAUCUUAAUAUGAAUGUUGAUUGUCGUCUACUUAAAAAAAGGUGAUACAGGGAAAAAACAGGAUUUGUGGAUGUCAAAAAAUGGAAUUACGUGUAUAUAAAUACCCUCUGUUUUUGUUUACUUUACUGAACCUCCUGGUAAUACACAAUCCUAGGCCUUAUUCAUGUAUUUACAACUGCUGUGAUUGUGGAGAAGUCAGCCCAGUAAAUGUUUAUAUAACCAAAGGAUCGACUUUGGUAUUGAAUUGUACAAUUGAAGAAGACAGUAGCCCCUACCUCCUCAUGUUUACAUUUGGUAAGAAUAAUGUGGACCAAUCAGAAUUCACGGAACAAGAGAAGAAAAACAUCAUCUUACUCAAGAAAGUUGUAAAGGACUUCGAUGACCAGGGUGUUUAUAAUUGUUACAAAGAUGACAAAAAAGUUGGAUCCUCCUACAUAGAAGUAGAUUACCCCCUUCAGCCUGUGAAUGACAGUGACUUUCAGUGCAUACUGUAUGACUGGGAUGAUUCUCUGUCCUGUUCUUGGGAGAUUGGCACUUAUAAACACAAUGGCAACAUUAAUGUAACAGUCAUUGCUGAGACCAGUAGUCACCCAUUGCUGUAUCCAGACAAGCUGAACAAUACUUUCUGCCAGUGGAAGGGCACAUUUGAUGAUCCUUUUUGGUAUAAAUUCUACCUGAGUGUGCACAACAUAAAAAUGAAUCAAUCCAUUCAGAGCAAUUUUACCAGAAUAGCAAGUAGUAUUGUGAAACCAGCCCCAAUAUCAAAUGUUUUUGCUGAGAAUAUCUCAAGUACAUGUUUGACAGUCAGAUGGAAUACCAGACAGUUUAAGUUCCAAGUAUUGGUCUUCAUUGCAUCUGAUGAAUGGAACAGCUCGAUACCAAAGAAGAAAGAAGCCAGACCAGGAGACCACAUAGAGCAGUAUUUGCAGUUUUGCAAUUUGAUUCCCUUUACAGAUUACACCUUCAACAUUACUCGCCGAAAGUUGACCAUGAUAGGUCAUAACAAAUCCAGAGAGGAUGGAUAUUGGAGUGAUCCAGCAUUCUUCACCUUUAAAACAAUGGCAGAUGUGCCUGCCUCACCUCCCAAUAUUACAGAAGGAAGCUUUUACCACGUAUAUGGAGAUGAAACCAUUUUAUAUUGGAAGCCAAUAAAGCCCAUGGACAGACAUGGAAUAGUGAUUAGCUACAUCAUCAGUUACACUUCAUCAGAUGGCAGGGAUAAAUACAGUCUAUCUAGCCAGUAUGAGAACAUAACACUGAGUCUAGAUGGAGAUAAGUGGUACAAUGUCAGUAUAACUGCCAUCACUAAGGAGGGGUAUAGGAGUCCUAGUGCAUCUGUACUUAUCCCACCCAAAAUCUCUAUACCUACCCCAUCCACUCUUGUGAUAGAACUGAGUAGAAAUAGAUCCAGUGCAAGUAUAAGAUGGAAGGGGAGUGAACUCUGUCAGCAGUACAUUGUGUUCUGGAUGUCAAGUAACAACUUGGACUGGAAAGUUAGCCCUCAAAAUUCCACAACUCUUGCUGCACCACUACACAACUUGGAAAAAGUGGGUGUAUCCUGUUCUGCCAUUGUAUCCCAUUCUACAGAAAAUCCAGGCAUUGUGGGUGGAGGUUUGCACUGGUUCACGUGUAAAUAUUUUGAUGAGAAAGAGCCUGCGUUACCUGUGGCUGUAACUGUUACAUCUUCUCAGGAGGCUCUAGACUUGUCCUGGUUCAUACAAUGUGAUGACCAGUCUUCUUAUCCUGAGUGGUUCAAUGUCACCUGGUGUGAUCUUGACCUAAUGCUUGGAUGCUCUCAAGUAUGGAAUCAUGUUUUAUUGGAGCCUGGUGAUAGGAACUACAGGCUGAAGGGCUUGGAUUCCAGAAAAACAUACCGUGUUAGAUUCAGUUCCUUGUCGAAAGAUGGCCAUAUAAAAGAGAGCAGAAUUUUUUAUGAUGUAAAACCUGACUCAAAAAUGGACAGGAAUGCAUCAGACUUUGAGAAUAAUUCCAUGAUUAUAUGGAUAACUGUCAGUCUACUGUGUGCUCUGAUGCUUGUAAUUGCAGUUCCUUUUGCUAUAAGGAAAUGUCGGUCACAACUUGAACCAGCUAUUGAAGUGCCAGUUGUUCCUUCUAAGACUGGUGAAAAGGGUAGUGGUUAUACAAACUAUACCUCACAAUACUCAGAUAAGAGAGAUGACAAUGAAUACAGGAUAUUGAAUGAUCCAAUUCUUAUGAAUGGUUUGGAAAGUGAAAAAGAGAGAAUGUUCUCUAACAAUGAUGGCCAUGUAGCAAAAGACCAAGAAAACAUGACAGAUGACUUAGAGAUCCCAGAUAUUUUAGAAGACAUGGAAAAGUCUGAAAUGCACAAGAAACAAAAGUCCACUUCUCAGUGUUCAGAUUAUUCAAAGUUCAUCACUGCUUCUGGCCAAACAAACAACAGUGAGGCUUUCAACCAGUCCAGAUCUCAAUCAGAUAGUCAUUUCAACCAAUCAAAGCCUCAGUCUGAAUUGUCAAGCAUUGAUUUCAGCCAAUCAAAAGCACAAUAUGAAUUAUCAAAUCACAGUGGAUCAUCCAAUCAUAAUCAGUCAAAAGUGCAGUCAAAUGGGACAGAACGUGACAUAACUGAAGAGGAAUGGUUGGAUGAGAGUUCAGCAUUUUCCUCUAAAUUGGAGGAUGACUAUCGGGAAAUCAGACAGGAUUCAACAGCCACAGACAUGUCUGCAUAUCUCUACUCCAAAUCUAUGUCAUCUAGCUCCCAUGAUACUAACCCAAAUGUUGAUUCUUAUAGCAAAGUGGAUGUUAAUGAAGACAUUAAUGCAGAGACAGAUGAUGAACUACUUGUAAACUUACAAUCCAGUUUACCAAAUACUGAACAGAACAAUGGCAGCACAGAAUCAAACGAGAGUUCAAACCUUUCAUCUCAGCAAACCCCUGCAAUAGUCAUACCUGUAGAGGCACAGCAAGCACCUGUUAAUGCUAAUGAUGUAUUGACCUCCAGUGCUGAUGAAAUAUCAUUUCAAAAUUUACAGGACUCCACUCCUCAAAUAAACAAGAAACUUGUAAACAGUCCUCAGGAGGAAUCAAUUGAGGAAAACUCCUCUAAUUCAGGUGCCUCCCUGUCAAGUUCUACCUCUGGUGAAGAUGCGUACAAAACUGUAAAUCUCAACAGUGGUUGUACCUCAAGUUCUACUCCUGGAGAUGAUGGGUACAAAACUGUAAAUCUCAACAGUGGAUGUACCUCAUCUGUGCAUUCAUCUGUCUACACACCAACUUAUAGCAGUUAAUGCAGGGGUACAUGUGUCAUGUGAUUGUUCUUAGCCAAUCAGAUCAAAUAUGCUUUUGAAAAUAUCUGUGGUCAACAGUAACAUUUUCUAAAUACAGUAAAACUCAAUCAUGGGGAAGUUACAGGGACUUACAUGUAUAACCAAGGUUCUUGAAAUCCAUAUAAGGAACAAAGUGCAAAGUCUUGUAAGGGAUUCAUAAAAGUUUCCUUAUGAACAAGUUCUUUAUAAUGGAGUUUUACUGUAUUGAUAUCACUAAUAAUAGAAUUCUGACUGAAAUUUUUCAUGCAUACAUAAUGAUUAUACGGGUAUAAUCAUCAGUAUAAGGUGCUUUAAGAAUUGAAUGUUUUACAUAUGUAAAAAUGUAUAAAAUUUAAAAACUUCAACUUUUUUAGGUGACUUCAUACAUAUAUGUGAGAAAGAUGUACACAAAUUGUUUUGCAGUUGAAAAAGUUGUUGAUAUACUCAUUAUUUCAUAUAAAAUGGCCUUAUAGAUUUUUGUAUUGCUGGCAUUUCUAGUAUUGACAAAGUUUUAUUCAAAUUUUUUUCUCUAUCCAAUUUAUGAUAUUUAUAGAAAUUAUGAACAAUGAAUUGUAUGUAAGCAGAGAGGAGAAAAAAUUGACAGACCAGACUGGGACUCGAACCCGGCGGGACCCUGAAUCUCUAGUCAGGUGCUCUACCACUAAUCUAUUUGUCCAUCAGCAAUCGAACCUGUCUGACCGCCACAUUCCUUCCUCGUUAAAGGUCUUUGUCCCCAAAGACACCAACCCAGGCUCCUUCCUGGCAGGUGUUUUACCUAACACUGCCAGACCAUGGCACAGCACCAUGUGAUUGAUUUUAUAUUUAAAGCAUUUCAUUUGCUGCAAGUGAUCUAUUUGCAGUGUGUUUGAACUACAGAAAACUGUUCUGUUGUUGUGUUAUUGUUUUAUAUGGGUAUUACAUCUUGUCAUUAUUUUUGUACCACUGUGUUUACUCUUACCUGAAAACUUAUAAACUGUAUGAUACUUGAAUUUAAAUAGUAUAUUCACAUAAAAUAUCUGAAGAAUUUAAUUCUAGUAAGUGACCUUUGAAUCAUGAGGAGAAAAAAUCAGUAUUAUCAACACAACAGCUUUUAUAUUACUAAUUCUUUGAUAAUAUGUUACUUUGUACACUUUGACUAGUCAUCAUUAUUAUAAUUUAAAUUAAAAUUUUUUUUU